AUGCCUCACGCCGACUCCUCCUACUUCUCAACUUCCCAAGAACCCACUAAGUCGGAGGUAUACGCGCAAGUCCUCGAACAAGCCAAAGGCCUAGUAACAGGCCAGCGCAAUUGGGUAUUCACCCUAGUCCCGUACCAACCCAAACACACAGGAUCUUGGUCUGCUAACAAACACAGCAACUUCUCCAACGUCGCCUCCCUCCUCUGGCACGCCUACGCCGCCCUCCCGUCCCCCUCGUCCUCCGUAAACUGGGCAGGCUUCUACAUCCGCCAGGAUAAAUUCCCCGCGCUCGGCUCUUCCCAGAAUACACCAAGCAGCACCACCAAUGUCCUGCUGCUGGGACCAUUCCAGGGCCGCCCCGCCUGCCAGGAGAUCCGCUUCGGGCGCGGCGUGUGUGGUACCGCGGCGGAGAAACGCGAGACGGUGAUUGUGCCAGACGUGUUGAGUUUCCCGGGCCAUAUCGCCUGCGACGCGAGCAGUCGGAGUGAGAUUGUGGUGCCGAUUUUGGCUGGUGGAGAGACGGUUGCGAUCAUCGAUGUUGAUUGUACGGAGCCGGCUGGGUUCGAUGAGGAGGAUAAGAAGUGGCUGGAGGAGCUUGCUUCGCUCUUGUCUGAGUGUUGUGAUUGGUAA